CAGGAAUAAGUUAAAUAUAAUUGGUCUCCGAGAAAGUUCCAUUCCCCACAUCAGUCUUGAAGUAACUACAGCAAGAGAUCUUGAGGAAUUGUGGCAAAAUGAUGAAGAUAAUGACGAUGAUGAUGUUAUUACAAUUGGUGACUUUUGCUCUCGCUGCCCACUCUUCCCUACCAAAAGAUGGUGAAGAACCUCCUGCGAAAAGAAUCCAGUGCCCUCUUUGUAGAGCCAGGGGAGGAGAUGAAGCCACAGCCAAAGCUAAUUGUGAUGAGAAUGUUAGGAUAGCAACCUGUCCAGUAGGUAGAACACUAUGUGUGGAUUACUUCUCACCUAGUGAGAGAUAUUUCCGUCGUGGAUGCACAACCCCAAAGCUUUACAACAAGUUCGUGCGCAAGUGCCAACAGGUUGGAUGUAGAUUGAAAAACUGCACUCAUCCGCGGUGUGUGGCUGGAGAAGGACCAGAGUUCCAGUGCCCUUCCUGUCACGGCCGGAAAGGAAAGGAAAAAACAGCCCAAGCCGAUUGUGAUGGGAAAAUCAAAAUGAAAACCUGCAAGAUGGAGAACCCAAUGUGUGAGGCAGUUUCGUAUGAGCAUGGUACAUUCCUUCGUCAGUGCACUAACGAAACGUAUCAUAGUAUGCUGGAGAACAACUGUGAAAAUUAUGGAAACUGCAAAACGUCGAAGUGUACUAAGCCAAGCUGUAUGGCUUAGCUGAGCUAUAGUCUUGUGUGCCAGACUGGUCAUUCUCCCUUGAAUGCUCUGGAGAUGAGGAAACUUCAUGAAGAGAAAUGUGAAACUCAAUGCUUUCCAUUUCAGUUCAUUUUUUUUAUACAUAUUAAUUUUUUUUGUGAUUAACUUGGUCAAUGAGUGUAUUUCUAAUAAAGAGUAAUAGCCUUAAUCAA